UGUGCCUGAUUGAGAUUGCAGUCACCUGCAGGUUGUCUUGCUGCUGCUCAGGCCCCUGUAAGUAACAGCACACUCUGUGCUCUGUUGUAGGGUUUCAUGCUUCUUUGGAGGGACCAGAGCUAUUGUACAAGUGUGGGAAACUGAGGCAAAGAAGCACGUGAUUUGUCCUAGCUUGAGGUGGGGGACAGCAGCAAGGCUGGGGGGGGAAAUCAGGAGUCCAGGCUUGCUGCACUGCAGCCUGUUAGAUGGAUGUGGAGCAGAGCCCACAAGUCUCCUGGGCUGCUUUAGCCAGCCAAGCCUCCAGCCAGGCGCUAGGGGUCCUGAACUGCAGCCCAGGAGACUUGGAAGCUCCCUCUCUCUUUGGGAAAGGGCAGGGAGAGCCAGCUGCAGUGGGCCGGCAGGGAACGGGUGUCAGCAGCUGAGGAUGAGGAAAUGGAACAGAGCUGGAAUCACGCUCCCACCCGCCUCCGUCACCGAGCCCCACCUCCCCGCCCUGCCUUCUCCAUGCCAGACACCAGCCUCCCUCAUCUCCCCACCACUGCUCCACUGGGCGGCAUGCAGAGCAGAGCCUCGCCACAUGCCUGCACCCACGCUCCGUGCCCGCUCGCUCCAGGCCACGCAAUUCCUGUGCAGCACUGAGCAUCCUGCCCUCACAGGGAUGCUGCUGCUGCUGCUUCUCGCCAGUGCGCUCAGCUGUUGGGGACAGGAGGCAGACCCCUUCCCCCUGCCAGCCCUGCACACCUUCACCAUGCAGCUUCUGGCUGAGUUCAACAGAACCACCGUACAGUUCCUGGGCAACGCCAGCCUGGACGGGGUGCUGACCCACAGCCUGCAGGGGCACGAGGCCAGCCAGCACCUCCCGCUGGAGUCCCCGGACCAGUGGGAAAAGACAAAGCGCAGCCUGGAGACUUAUCUCUCUUACUUUGAGGACAUCGUCCACCUUGCUGCCAGGGAGAGGAAUGUGCAGUACCCUCUGCGCUUGCACUGCACGCUGGGCUGCCAGCUCUUCCCCAGUGGCACCUCCCAGGGCUUCCACGAGGUGUCACUUAGUGGAGAAGAAUUCCUGAUCUUCCUGCCCCAGAGGCCCCCCAACGCCUCCUGGGAGCUGCAGAGGCCAAAGGAGAACGACCCGCUGGGCCCAUUCAUCUUGAAGUGGCUGAACAGUUUCCCCCAAACCACCUCCCACCUGCAGGCCUUCCUGAAGACCCAGUGCCCGGACUUCAUAAGGAAGCACCCCUGGAGGGACAGCUCUAAAAGACGUGAUGCCCGUUCACACACCUCGCUGGUGCUGGGCCUUACCUUGGGGGCUUUUGCUUUGGCAGGCUUGGCCAUAGGCAUCUUCCUCUGCACAGGAGGGAGGACAUAGUGGUGGUGUCAGUCUCACCCCCCUGCCAGCCCAACGUGGAGCUCUGCUACAGCAACGGACCUGCUCCAUCCCACCUGCAGGAGUCCCCAUGCCCCUCCUGGCACCAGCACUUCUGCCUGAUCUGAUCUGGGAGCAGCACUGCCCCAGCAAACUCGUUCUUGGAAACCACACCCCACCUUGGGUUGCAAGGUCCCCAGCAGGUGACACCAGCCCCAGACCAGGGGUGACAUGGCUGGGAUGGGCACGGGGUUGAUGCGCAUGAACAACCCAUCUUAUAAAGCAGUUAGCAGCGGCUGCUCAGCCAGAGGCUGGAAGGUUGGUGUCAGGGAGGCCAAGGAAGCCGUGAGCUGGGUAGAAGCGGGUGCAAGACCACAUAAGGGGAAGGGGUGAAUCUAGGAUGCCCCAUUUGGUAGUGGGUGAGAGACCAUGAGUCCUCCCUGCCAGGGAGUGGGGUUGGGGCAGCUGGGGGAGCGACUGACCCCAAUUAGCAGGGGCUGUGAGCACACUGCGGGGAAGGGGGCAGAACAGAGCCUGGACUCGCAUGGGUUCUUCAACGCUGUUUGUUAAUCUGAGGGAAGGCACUGGAAGAGGAGGGUGGAUGCCAGCAGCAGUACAGGGUCACCCCAAGGUAGCUUCAGACUCAUGACACUGACUCUACUUUUACCUGAUUUGCUGCCAUGGGAACUCUAUGCCAGAUGCUGGUAAGACACAGUGACAUAGAAUAAUACCUGGUGUGUCUGGCUUCUGCUUUACGCCAGUGCUAGAGAGCUACCCUGGUAUAAAUGUGUUGUGCGUGCAGGACGGAGUCACCAAUGCCCCCUGCUCCCUUGUCAACUAACAAACGGGGCAGUGAGGCACAGGGAAGUCCCAGUGGCAAGGGAUCGCAGGGAGGUGCCAUCCCGCAGCCAUGUAGCUUGCUGCAAACUGGACAACGACUUGCAAUAUUGCCAGUGUCAAGUGACAAACAAUCGCUAGCUAGGCUACAAAUCAUGAUGGCAUUGGCUUAACAAAUCUCACAGCAUUAAACCUUGCAUUUAUUAUUUUA